AUGGGAUUGAAUGGUUGGGAAACACAUCGGGUUGCACACCACCAUGAGGCCUUGGCAUUGCUACUACUCCUCCUCGCUGCCCUCACCUUCACCCCAAACGGAGCCCUCUCCACCCCACCACCAUGCUUUAGCUCCGCUGACAUAUUCAUCUGCCGGGGUCAGAACCUCUCCGCCAUGCCGAACGACCUCAGUGACCUCACAUGGCACCUUGACCUGAGCUUCAACGCGAUCGCCUCCCUGCCCCCCAGCUGGACGUCGCGGCCCUUGCCCAGGCUUCAGGCCCUGGUGCUGGCCCAGAACGCCCUGGUCGCCGUGGCGCCAGGUGCCUUCGUCGACGCCACACCGCACCUCCGCCACCUUGAUCUGUCCUCCAACCGGCUGGAGUCCCUCGGCGAGGGGGCCUUCGUGGGGCUUACAGAGCUGGAGGAGCUGCUUCUGUACGACAACCGGCUGACCCAAAUCGGAAGAGGACGAGCGUUCAAAGGCGUCAGUGGCAGCCUCCGGAGGCUGCAUCUCGGCCGGAACCGAUUGACGGAGUUCCCGUUCUUUGAUCUGUCCUCAAACCUGCUGCGGGACGUCCCUGUCACGUACAUCCUCUCGCUGCCUCCAGAGACACAGGCUGGCAUUUACCUCCACGAUAAUCCUCUUGUCUGCACUUGCGCCGUGACUGCCAUGCUGCAGCAGUGGGUCGAACAGAGGUUCAGGACAAUGGCGAUGGCAAGCUUUCUUCUGGAGGCCCAGGGACUGGGACUACCACUACCAUCCCACGCCCAGGCCCAUCCCCAUCCCCAUCCCUGCCUCAGUGGAAGUGUGAAGGACAGGCUGAACUGCUCACAGUCACACGCGCUGCCCAACUCUACUCACACCACCAGGGGGAUUUAUGAGGCAAUGCUUGGAGAAUCAUUGCUGCUUUCAUGUUUGGAGUCAAUGGAGGACCAGCAGCAGCAGCAGGGGGCAUCGGUGAAGUGGGAUACCCCAAACCAGGUGACCUCGCCUGGGGAGCCGCACAGGCAGGAGCACCUGCUGGUGCACCCCAAUGGAAGUCUACAGAUCCAGACGGUGCGAGAGGAAGAUGCUGGAAGCUACUCCUGUAAGGUGGUCAAUGGGCCACUACGAGGUGCUGCAAGAGUGGUGCAAGUGGUCAUCGUGCGUGACACCACCAACCCCCACGAGAUGACACCAACGCCAGACCGGGGAGGGAGCUUCCACACGGCGUUCACCAUCAUGGCAUGCUGGGUGGUGAGCAUGAUGCUGCUGAUGGUCUAUCUCUACUUCAGUCCCCGCGACCUACGCAAGCGCUGGGGGUCGAGGAGGAACAGUGCUUCCAAGAGGGUGGUGUUCGUGGAGCCCUGGAUGGAGGUGGCUACCCUGAACCAGCAAACACACUUGGCCGCAGCAAGGAAUGGCAGUGGGGUGGUCGCCACUCGAAGCAUUCUGAAGAACGGGGGAAGUUCCACUUCUAGCUCUGUCACGGUGUCUCCUGUUAAAGAAAUAUGCCCGCUGAUUUAG